GUGCAACGGAUCAUCAUUGAUCCGUGAUCCGUUCGGAUCAUCUAUUUCGGUUCGGCACGCGCAUGAUCCGCGGAUUGAUUUAUGAAGAAAAAAAAAUUGUGCGCAUGCUCAGUCCACACACAGCCGUAACACGUGGCUGACAUAGCGAUUGCUAACAUAAAGAAAAACCUGCAACACAGCGUGGUCAUGGCGAGCGGAGGAACAGAAGAACUAGAACGCCCCACAUGGAAAUCCCCUGUUUGGGAGCAUUUUGGCUUCCCUGUCAAAUUGAAUUCAGAAGGAAAGAGGUUGGUGGAUAAAACCGUGACGGUGUGUAGGCACUGUGGCACAAGAAAGUCAUACAACAGUGGAAACACAUCGAGCAUGGCCACGCAUUUACAGCGACAUCACCCCGGUGUUUCACUGACGGGAGUGAAACCGAAAGCGGCUCAACAACCGCUCAUCACCGCGGCAUUUAAGCAGCCCCUUCCUCCACAAUCAGACCGGGCUAAAGCAAUCACAAACGCUAUCGGUCUGUUUAUAGGUGCUGACAUGAGGCCAUAUUCCGUUGUGCAAAACAAGGGAUUCAAACACAUGCUGAACGUGCUCGAGCCACGUUACGACAUCCCGUCGCGCACCCACUUCAGCGAUAAUAUUGUGCCAGGUCUGUAUGAGCAGGAGAAGAAAAAGGUGGUGGAUGAGCUAGCUGUAGCACCCUCUGUUGCACUCACAACAGACGGGUGGACGUCGAGGGGAACGGUGAGCUAUGUGACAAUAAUUAACCGCUCACUUCAUCACAGCAGACUGGGAGAUGAGAAGUCCGGUGCUGCAGACACGCCCCCUCUACGGAAGUCACACAGGCAGUCACCUUGCGCAGGAUUCUACAAUCCAUGGCUCCAAGUGUGGAAGACAGCACCAUCACUCAAGAUGUCAAGACUGCCAUUAGAGAGGACCUGAAGCCCAGAUACACUUCACCCCUACUCUACAGGACUACCUCCACAGAUCUACUGCCCUGGAUCCAAGGUUUAAGUCCCUGUCUCACAUAGACCCUGACCUACGCCAGAGGACAUACAGUGACCUCACCACUGAGAUUGUGAGCAGUCUGGCCACUGAAGACUGUGAUGAGGUAAAGGAAAAAAACAUUAUUUUAAAAUGAUCAAUUUAAAUCUUCAUACAUUUUUUAUUUUCAGUAAUAAUGGCAUUCAUUUAAUGUUAUUGCCGCAUUUUUCAUGUUUAUGAAACAUGAAAAUAAAUAAUAGGUUUAAUUAAUGACCUAUUCUUUUCUGCAGGGUCAAGCUGCAGAGCCAACAGGAGCAAACUUGGACACAUCUCCUCCACAAAAGAAGUCGGCGUUGGCAGAGCUUUUUGGAGAGACCUUUGCCAGCAAAGACAUGGACAGCAAGACUCCUGCUGACAUCAAAGAGGAGGUGGCAUUCUACCUGGCAGCAAGCGGCAUUGCAGUGGAUGGUGAUCCACUGACAUGGUGGAAAAGCAAUGAGUUUAAAUACCCUCAUAUUGCUAAGAUGGCAAGAUGCUAUCUCGCUGUGCCAGGCUCUUCAGUUCCUUCCGAGAGAGUGUUCUCAACAGCAGGGGACAUAGUGACUGCAAAGAGGUCCACACUCUCCCCAGACAAUGUAGACACCCUUGUCUUUUUGAAAAAUAAUUUAAAAUUAUAAGCUCAUGUAUGCUUUGUUUUCUUUCUUUAAUUCUUCUUUGAUAAUAAUGCUCUUGUUUCAAGGAAGAUGAUGUGCCUUCUUAUGUUGCACUUUAAUUUGUUUUUUAUUAAUGGUCAUUGGUCCAUGUUUAAAGGAAGGAGAUAUGCCUUUUUAUGUUGCACUUUAAGUUGUAUUUCAUUGAUUAUGUUGAAAAGAAGAUGUUAAUUGUACACUUUAAGUUGAUUUUAUAUAUUUCAAUUGAAUAAUUUAAAAGUGUUAAUAAACAAAAAGACAAAACAUG